GAUACAGACAAGUGAACAGGAGACAGAAGAGUGCACACUUAUGCUCUUCACACUUCGGCUGCUUUCACAAGUCCAGCAAAAUACUGUAGGAUGCUUGUUAUGAAUGUAGAGGAGAAUCUCGAUAAUUGCCACGGACUGCAGAGGGACAUUUUGCUUAUUUGAUUUUGCAGACGAAGAGAAUUGGUUUUUUUUGUUGUUGUUUUUUUACAAAGGCAGCCUAGAGGAGUCCGGGUAGGUUGGAGGGCGCCUUUUGGGAGCACAGAGAGGGUGAUUCUCUAUGGUGAAGAUGAAUCUGGACCCUUUACAGGUGAUGAGCGGACAGGUCAAAGAGCUCAAAGUUUCCCCUUCGUCCAACGGGGACAGCAGAGGAUCAUGGGAAGAGAAAGACGAGUUUGAUCAGGACCACUUGGGCCUCACCACCAAGCCAAAACUAGUGACAGGAAGACGAGCCCGGAAGGUGGAGGGAGGCGUGUUCUUCCCAAAGCCAGAGAACGCUGUGACCAUUGCAGUUUCUUCUCGGGUCUUGUUUCGGACCGAGCGGGAGCAGGAGGUGUAUCUGCAGAAAGGGGUGGAGGAGUAUCUGAGAUACCAAAUCGAACACGAGAACGAACCCUUCGCCCCUGGACCUGCUUUCCCCUUCGUCAAGGCUCUGGAGGCGGUGAACACUCGUCUGCGGGAGCUGUACCCACAGAGUGAAGAACUGUUUGACAUUGUUUUGGUGACGUACAACCAUGCCCACGUAGGAAUCCGGCUCAUCAACACCAUCAAUCAUCACAACUUGUUUAUUGAGAGGUUUUGUAUGACGGGAGGAAGCAGUCCAAUUGGCUACCUAAAGGCCUGGCACACCAACCUGUACCUCUCUGCUGACGCUGACAAGGUCCGGGAGGCGCUGGCUGAAGGCAUCGCAGCAGCCACCAUGUUCAUGACAGAGAAUCUGACAGAGGUAUCAGAGUCCCAGCUGAGGGUGGCAUUUGAUGGUGAUGCUGUUCUCUUCUCUGAUGAAUCUGAGCGCAUCUUCAAGGCACAUGGGCUGGACAAGUUCUUCGAACAUGAGAGGGACAACGAGGACACGCUAUUGGAUCAUGGACCUCUGAAGGGGUUCCUGGAAGCACUGGGGAAGCUCCAGAAAAAGUUUUACGCUAAAGGCCAUCGCCUGGACUGUCCCAUCCGAACAUUCUUGGUCACAGCACGUAGUGCAGCCAGCUCUGGUAUCCGGGCACUGAAGACACUCAGGGCCUGGGGCCUGGAGAUCGAUGAGGCCUUGUUCCUUGCAGGGGCACCGAAGGGCCCCAUGCUAGAGAAGAUCAGGCCUCACAUCUACUUUGAUGAUCAGAUGUUUCAUGUGGAGGGAGCGGCUGAGAUGGGCACCGUUGCUGCCCAUGUGCCCUACGGCAUUGCACAGAAACAUAAUCUCAAACAGAACAGUAAUGUUGGGAAGUAGAAAGCAGGACUUAAAAUGCCAAUGGCACAGUCAUUCAGCCAGAAACAGAACAAGAUAAGAAGGAUGGGAUGGAGAAACAUCAUUGAGAAGAGCAAAGUGAAGCUGAGAGGUUUCAGAGAGCUUGGAAAAGUGAACUUGUACGGAAUUGUAUGUGGAAAUGCAUCAUUUCCAUGGCAAUUGUACUGUAAGUUUGUUUAAUCACAAUGUAAACUGUCUCAGCUUAAUGCCAUCAUAUUAUAAGUUAGAUCAGGUCUGGAUAGUGGUCAAGUAGAUCUUGCUUUAUAUGGGAAAUUCAAAGGUGCUUGAUUGCCAUGGUGACCUGCUAUUUCUCUCACUACUACUUGUCUUCAUAAAGGGGACACCUCUUCAGUGAGUGCUGGAGGAUACCGGAUGAAUGGCUUCACUUAAGUAAAGCACAAAGAUUGCAAUGUAUGAUGGCAAUGAAUGAGUCAUAAGCACAAUGUAGAGAUAUUAUAAGGUUAAAAAUGAUAGGGAGAGUCAUAAUUUAAAGUGUCAAUCAUUUUACAGAGUUUGACUUCACAGGGACAUAACACGUUUCAAUUGGUGCCUUAAUUUCAAUGAAGAAAUUCUUUUAGCCACACUAGCGAGAGUAAAAUAUCUUGACUGUUGGAUGGAUUGCCAUACAAUUCAGUCCAGACAUUUAUAGUAAUGAAACCUAAUGAAUUUGGUGGUGAUCCCCUGAGUUUUUAUGCUUCACAGGUUUAAAAAGUUUCAGUUAAUUACAGAACACCUCUAAAGCUAUAGACUGAAUUCCAAUUCCUGCGCUUCAGCUGCACACAAUACCGUAGGCAUGCAUACGUUUGUCCUCUUAGCAUGCUAAAUGUAUUUCGUCUUAGCGAAAAAAAGUAUAUUUUAUUAUUCUGCUAGUCCAAAAUAUAGACCGCCAUAACUUUCAGUUGGUGCCUUUAGUUUCAAUGAAGACACUAUAUAUAGCUAUGCCAGCAGCGUAAUCUUGGUCCAGGCAAAAUAUCUCAACAACUUGGAAUUAAGUUUCAUGUUUCAUUUCAUGUAGCACCACUAACAGGUCAAAAUUGUACAAGUUCAACGAUCAGUUCAAGAAAGUACACCUCCAAUGAUUGAUUAAUGACCAACUUCCAUCACCCUCAUAGCGGUACAAUAACAGUUGCAUGCUAAGUGUUUUCAUAAGACCCAAUAUAGGAAUAUGUUAUUAUUCUGUUUGUCCAAGACAGAAACACUUAAAGUGAAGAAAAGUAACUUGUAUAGCCUUGCUAACAGUGGUCCACUUUGUUCCAGAGAGAAAAAUCUCGACAACUUGGAAUAUGGAGUCCCCUGUAAUGAAGCGCCAGUCACAUUUCAAAUUGAACAAAACUUCAACCUUCACUUCAUGAGACCUCUAAAUCUAACUAAACUGAAUUUCCUUUAGUUGCAGCUGUACAGUACCGUUAGCAUGCUAUGUUUUUACUAUGCUAGCAUGCUAAUGUUAAUGGUCUUAAAGUCGAUCUGAGCCUAAGUAAACCUGAGGAUGAUUAAGCCCAGGAUAGACUGAUUCAAGUUGAGUGAAUACUUGCAGUUCUGGUCUACAAUGUCCCAAAAUUGAUGUGUAUAACAACAUGGCUUUGCUCACUUUGGCCAAAUGUUAGACUACAAAUUUCCUUUAUUAGAGGUUAAAAGAAGAAAAGCAACGUUUAUGUCCAUGUUUGAUUCAUCCAACAAUUUAGCUUCCCAGCAUAUAUAAUGCAUAUUACAGCCUAAAAGGCUUUCUAUUUAGUAAGCCACCCUGGUAGCUAAUAUGAGGGCAUUACAGCCUCUCUGAAGGGUGAUGUGGUUCCUCACCAACUGAUGGAUUACCAAUAGUGAAAAAGUGUUUAACAAGCAGCUGUCUUGAUUUUAUUGCCCUCUACUGGAUAUCAGCUCUAGUACAAAGUCACACUGCUAAGGUGGCAUUGACUGAUGUUAAGUUUAAACCAAUUUGGUAAUCUGGCAAUCAAUAGCCAACUGGCAAUCAAAACCUUACUUCAGUUACAGCAGGACUUCUGUUUGAUUGAUGUACAUGAAUGUGUCUAUCAUUAACAAAAAAGGCCACAGUGGCCUUUUGAAAAUGUCAACUUCACAUCACUCUGUCACUGCUGGCAAGUCCUCAGAAAUCUUCACUCUAGUGUAUAUUCCGUGAUGCUUCGUUACACCUCAUCAGCCGUUUGAGGACCUUGAAGCUCGGAAACAUGACAAGCAAUCCACGUUUAAUUUCACAGUCAAAACACAUAAUUGAACAGAUGUGUCUUUUGGCGGACUUUUGCCCUCAAAUGAUGGCUGGGUUAUCGGAGGAUACAGUUUCAGCAGGAUCUGUCAGGCCAGUUUGGACUUUACUGUGACAUUUAGGAAAGAGAUUAUUGCAGAUGAAGCAAUGUUUAAACAUUUUAACAACAAGUUCAUGACAACAUAAUUGACACUUAUGAAACAAAAAUGGCAUUGCAAUAAUACAAUGUAAAUGAACACUAAUAAAGAUGUGAAUUAUAGUGCUUGCUUUACUCAUUAAUGAAAAUAGAUGAAGAUUGAAUUACCUCUCUGACAAAACAAGAUGCACACAUACUGUAAUUUCUGCAUUGCUGAUGUGCACUCCUUUACUCUACCAUGGAGUGGCAGCACUGGAAUGAUAAAUGACCUGCAGCAGCAACUGGUCUUCAUUGCCCACAUUUUUGUUUAGGAUGAAAAAUGUUGGGAAAUCAUCACUUGAUAUUGAUAUUAAAGGUGUCUUAAAUGAUUA